AUGAAUGAACCUCAUCAUAAUCAUCAACAGGAUCAAAAUAACCAAGUGGCAUUGAAAAUAGGCCUAAUAGGUGACUCCCAAAUCGGUAAAACAUCCUUAAUGGUCAAAUAUGUCGAAGGUUCAUUCGAUGAAGAUUAUAUUCAAACUCUUGGAGUAAACUUUAUGGAUAAGAAAAUACAAAUCAGAAAUACAACUAUAACUUUCUCCAUUUGGGAUUUAGGAGGUCAAAAGGAAUUCAUCAAUAUGCUUCCAUUAGUAUCCAAUGAUGCCGUCGCUAUACUAUUUAUGUUUGAUUUAACUCGAAAAUCAACUCUUAAUUCAAUUAAAGAAUGGUAUAGACAAGUUAGAGGAUUCAAUAAAACUGCCAUUCCUUUCUUAGUAGGAACAAAAUAUGAUCAAUUCAUUGAUUUAUCUUAUCAAGAUCAAGUUGAAAUCACUCAACAAGCUAAGAAAUUCGGUCAAGCCAUGAAAGCUCCAGUAGUAUUCUGUUCAACAUCUCAUUCUAUUAACGUUCAAAAAAUAUUUAAAAUCAUAUUAUCAAAAGCUUUCGAUUUACGAUUGAAUCUAGAUGAAAUCAUCAAUAUUGGUGAACCAAUCCUUAUCUACAAACAGUAA